GUUUGAAACCCCCAAGGCCUAAAAUCCGAGUGUCCGUGGCCAUGACCGUGAGUGUCCAUCUUCAAAGUUCAAAGCUCAAAAUGGAUGCCGAUUGUUAUUCUCUCUCCGAUGUCCUGGCAAUUGCCAGUGUCCAUCCAUUCUACUCUGACGUUGUCUAUCCUCCUACUCGUGAGGAGCUGCCCUCCGUUCUCGCCAAGGCAAGAGACUCGGGCAAGGGCGAAUUGUUAUCUUUUCCUCUCACCCACAAAGAGCAAUUAUAUUCACAAAUCGCACGCCUCACCCUCGAUAAAGACCCGCGCAAUGGCUACCGACUUGGCACAUACAUCAGCACAACGGGUGGAGGUUCGGGAGGACCGCCUAUGGUCUUUGCGACUGACUCCAUUGAAACUCGUAAGCAGCGCGCUGCGUUUGGCUCAUUAAUGCGGUCCUGCGGGGUUUUUGGUCCCGGGGACUGGAUAUGCACAAUGCACGUAGUAGGGCAUCUCUAUCGAGCCCUUGACCUCAUGACGGAGGUGUUUGAAGCCUCCGGCGCCACUGUGCUCUGCGCGGGAAACGAAAUGCCCCUCGAGCAGGUGGUGGUGACGAUUACUCAAUUCGGCGUCAACGCUAUCGCCGGCGAUGCAGGGCAGUUGGUCCAGUUGGCACAAUACGUUGCCGGACUGCCCGAUGCGCAAAAGCACACGCUGCAGACGCAGAUCAAUAAAGCGCUGUACACCUCGGAGCCCAUGACACCCGCACAACGCAGCUUCCUGAAAUCCGUCUUCUCUAAUCUCGCCAUCUCCUCCGUGAUUGGCAGUGCAGAGGCCGGCCCGUGGGGUGUCUCAACGAGUGAGAUGACCGAGAGCGCAUCGCAGCACAAUUACGAAGACUUUUUAUAUGACGAUCGUCUUAUGCAUCUGGAGGUUCUCCCCUCCUCCAUUCUGGACCCAGACCACACGGAUAAUACACCAACUGCGCCCGUUCCGGACGGUGAAAAGGGCCUUAUGGUCCAGACCUCCCUACAGCGUCUGCGUCACCCUCUUGUGCGCUACAUUUGCGGCGACGUUGCCUCCUUUCAACCCCUCCCCGCAUCCCUCCAGUCCCAACUAACGCCCGAAGAUGUAUCGCACUUGCGUGUCGCGCGCGUCUACGGCCGUGACCGGAACAUCAGUUUUGACUGGUAUGGGGAAUACUUUGAAUUCCCAGUCGUGCAGCGCUUGUUCCAGACCGAGUCCUGGGGCAUUCUGCAGUACCAGAUCAUCCGGCGGUAUCCCGAGGCGGACACGCAGGAGCUUAACGUUGUGCUUGAGAUUCGUCUACUGCGAGACUCGGGCGCUGGCAAGAUCAGUGAUGUGGAGUUGACGCGGGAAAUCAAGACCUUUUUCUACGUAUUCGAGUGCAACGAGGAGCUAUUUGAGCUCAAGCUCUUGCCUGACUCUAGCGGAUUUAUGCGCAGUACGACGGGUAGGAAGGUGAUGAAUUUUGUCGACUUGACUAGGAAAUGAAUAGAGGAACGGGCUAGUCCGUAGAAAAGGCAGAAUAGAAAUGUUGACAGUGAGCCCAGCCCGUAGAAUU